AGGAGCAGGAAGAAAAGUUGUUAGAGGAACGUACUGAUGUGAACUUUGACAGCGAGUAGUACGUCGUCUUAAGUUUUACAUUGAACAGGCUAUUUUAUUUGGGGAAAAAUGAGUUGCUUGUGGAUGGGAAAUCUGGAGUCAUAUAUGGAUGAGAAGUUCAUUUCCCGUGCCUUUGCCACCAUGGGGGAGCUCAUUGUUGGGGUGAGGAUCAUCCGCAACAGGAUGACUGGAAGUGGAGCGGGCUACUGCUUUAUAGAGCUCAGAGAUGAAGCGCAAGUUGAGAAGUGUUUGCUUAAAAUCAAUGGCAAGCCGAUCCCUGGAGCCACACCUCCCAAAAGAUUCAAGCUAAACCGGGCGAGCUAUGGAAAACAGAUGGACAACAGCCCUGACUUCUCACUGUUUGUUGGCGAUUUGACCCCCGAAGUGGAUGAUGGGAUGCUAUAUGAAUUCUUCCUGAGCCGCUACUCAUCCUGCCACAGAGCGAAGGUGGUACUGGACCAUCUGGGCAACUCCAGGGGCUGCGGGUUUGUGCAUUUUGCGGACGAGCAGGAACAGAGACGUGUUCUGCAGGAGUGCCAGGGGGCUGUGGGCCUCGGAGGAAAGCCUUUGCGGCUCAGCCAGGCCGUAAGCAAACCCAACAGGGGGAUCACAUCGGAUGCCUGCUAUGACCAGUCUUAUUCCUAUGGCAGCUAUAACCCAUACUAUCAGCAGUACCUCAACUACUACACACAAUGGGGUUAUGACCAAAACACGGGCAGCUACAGCUACAGCUAUCCUCAUUAUGGCUACACUCAGAGCACCAUGCAGACUUAUGAAGAAAUUGAGGAUGACGAUCUGGAAGAUCCCAACCCUCAGAUGGAUGUUGCUGAAGCCAACAGACAGUUCAUGGAUCAGAGUGAGGAGCUGUAUGAUGCCUUGAUGGACUGUCACUGGCAACCCCUGGAUUCUGCUUCCUCAUCAAUUCCAGUUUCAUACUAGUGCGGGAUGCAUGCUAUCAGAGCACAGCUUUGAAUUUGUUGUGGCCCUUUCAGCUGCACUGCCCAUUCUUCAAGCCUAACGGGCAAAGUGCAAGAACCAUCAAUUAACACCCCUGGAAACAACACAGAAAGCUAGGUUGCUCUUUGUUCAACAACCUAAGCAGAAACAGGGCAAGUCCAUUACUAAAAGGUGAACAGUACAUCAGAACAGUCCUUCACGGAUGCCUGGGGGUACAGUUCAUGCUUAAAGUGUGUUUUGUUUAAGAAAAAACCUGUGUGAUACUGGUUAAUGACUUUAUAUGAUGCCCUUCAAACUACGGUAAUGUGACUUUGAGGCUUCUAAAGUUAGACCUUAUGCCAGAUCCCAGUUUGUCUGCUUUUGUUGACAUAGUUACAUAUCGAAAGAGGAAGGUGUUUUUUUUUUAACAUCUUUAGGUCUUUAGAUUGAAACCACAGCACCGCUUACUGUGGUAUCUGAAUUUCUUUUUUUAGAGAUACAGUCCCAACCACUGUUAAAAAAAAUAUUGCAAUGUAGAAGUACAUUGUACUUAUGUAGAUGUUUCAGAAUUCAUGUGUUGUGUAUGUGUUGCUUUAAGCAUAAAGGAGCAAGGGAUUCCUUAUAUACUGACUGGUCAAGGAAGGGUUUUACUUAUUGUCCUAGAUAAACAGGAAUGAGUGAUUUCAUGAGAAAGUGGAGAACCAUUUUAACAGAGUAUUCCUCUGCACGAAAACAAAUUCUUGUUUGUGUCUUACUGGCACUGUCUUAUGUUCUUGAUUCUCUGGUUCAGUGCUGGCAUAGUCACAAGCACAUUGGUUGGGAGAGACACAAGCAACAUUUUCAUUUACUCUUCCUGUGUCUAGACUGCGUGACUGCCUUCAGCUAGACCUCUUUUCAGCUGUAACACUCUUCUUAAAGGUUGAGCUUAGUUGAUCAUGAUCAACGCUGUUCUUUUUGUACAGUUAAAAAAUUGAACUAAUUUAUGUCCUGCGCAUGGUGUUGAAUUUCAGUCUCAUCCUGUUGGUUGGUCUUGAUAUGUUUAGAUUACUCUUUAGAGUGUGUUCUGUAAGUUAAUGUUUAAUGGAUAUUAAUAAUCUAUUUACUUUAAAUUGAGGUUCUACAGAAUGUAUAAUCAAUGGUGUUUUUUUUUUAAUUGGGCUUGGUAUAAACAUUAAGGUGUGCAUAUAGACAAUAUUAACAUUUUACAGAACCUCAUUUUGUUGUAAAUAGAUUGUUAUUAGUACAUAAAACCCUUGUUAAUAAAGCUUAAUAUGGAGCAUUGUCCAUUUUGUUGUAGGUCAUUUUGUAAUAUCUAUAAGCAUAAUUUACACCUCUUCCUUGGGGGUAAUAUGUGUUUUUCAAGUAUAGACCAAAAUCUGAUUAUAGUACACAUAUCCUAAUGGGAGAAAUUCUCCAAAAGACCUGAUCUGGGUAUGGGGCAGGGGCAUAAUAUUAUUAUAAUUCCUCUGUUUCCUUAAUUGGCAUCAGUAACAGUUUAAAGGCCAGAAUGUGGAAUGUGUAGUUGUGUUCUUCUGUUCUUGGCAUCUGAAGAGAGUAGAGUGUUCUGUGAUGAUAACCGUAUCAUUCUGAUCACAAAAGGUGAGCAAAUAAAUAUACUGUACAGGACAAUAUUCGCUGCAUCAGUAAAGAAAUGUUAAUUAAGACUCCCAUGUAUAUGUCUUAGAUCCUUAAGAAAAUAAUUAAAUUGUGUCUUGCUUACUACGAAUAUUUUUAAUAAAGAUGUUUCAAUUGA